GUAUGCCAGUGUCCAGGGGGGAGCAGUUUGUUUGAGUUCAGCAGGAAGUCGUCUGUUGUUUAUCUGGACAGUAUCAGCUCCUCUGCUCUCCCAGAGCCUCUUGCGUCAGAUGGACACUCCGCUUCUAUCCAGUUUGUAACCGCGACAGAGCACGGCUGCCCCUCACCCCAGUACUCUCUCUGCCUUGGUCUCCUAGGAUGGGUCGCCCCGGUUGGACUCUCUGGGUCGUGGUGGUGCUUAUCGGGGACAGCUUGGCCGGGCCUUACCGUCCCGACGCAGAGCCCGGGCCCCUUGAAACCAACAACAUCGAGGAGCUAGAGGUGCCCCCAGAGUUGGACGGUGCCAUGUCUGAUGCUGAGCUUGUCCCGCACCACUAUCCCGCCCAGCGCGCGGCCAAGGUGGCCGUCCACUACCUCAACACCCGCCAUGCCUCUCCCUACAGCUGCAUCGAGCUGAACCGUGUCCACAAGGCCAGCCUGGAGGACUUGGGACAGGCUGGGAAAAAGUACCGCCUGCAGAUCUCACUGAAGGAAUGUGUCAGCAAUACGGACCUGGGCCAGUGCUUGGCGGAGGUGCUCUUCCCAGGGGAGCAGGAGCAGAGGGCUCCCCAGGUGCAGUGCUCUUGUGAGGGGCUGAAGAAGCUGAACACCAGGGCGGAGGAGGACGCCCUCUUCCAGCGGCUAAACACCUCCAACAGCCCGCUCUCCGGGUGCAACAUACCAGAUAGCUAUGGUAACAUUGCUCCAGAGAUGAAGCCCAUGUGGCACUUGGGCGCUGCAGCAGCGAGCUUCGUCAUGCUGAAAGAGUCCAACGAGAGCACACUCUACAACAUGGCCCAGGUGGCCAACUUCACCCAGCUGGAGACUGAGAAUGACCAGCUGAGGUUUAAGUAUCACAUCCUGCUUCAUGACAUGAUCUCUCAGGAGAUCCUGCACUGGAAGCUGCUGGUGGCCUGGUCUCCAGCGGGGGGCGUGAGUGUGCCACAGGCAGACUGGGAGCCCAAAUGCCACCACUGUGAGCUGCCUUCGGCCAAAUCAACGCCAGAGGCCACCAAACCAUCUUCAGCCAGCUGAACCCCACAUGAUCAAUGCCAGGUUACCCUGAAUCCCUCACAUUCCCACAUGAUCCAUGCCAGGUCACCCUGAACGGUCAGCAACAAUCCCCAAGAUGAAGAGAAAAGCACUUAAGGAGUAGGACGGUCAUGGUCAUUAUGGUUAAUGUGAGCAGACUCGUUGGUUAGCUGUUUAGCCAGGGUUGUAUGACCGGUUUGUUCCACAGAUUAAGUGUUAAAAGUACUCAGAACGGGAGCUAUAAGCAUAUUACUCCAGUUUACGUGUGCAACUGCUUGUACCAUCACUGAUUUUGAUAUAAAGCCAAAUAAAGUUCACUGAUUUUGAUAUAAAGCCUAAUAAAGUGUUGUUAAAUAUG